AGAGAGAGAGAGCAUCUGCCUCCCAACACACACACACACACACUCACACACACACACUCACACACACCGGGAGGAUGCUGCCUCGGUGUUUCAGACAACAGACGCGGAGCUGAGGAGAAACCGCUCGGACUAACGGAUUCACCGACACCAGGACCCACCGGGCACCGAGCGACGGAGGCCGGGCCGAACCUCUCCGCCUGGCUGGGCAGAACCUCCUCCCCGUCGGUGUGACUGCAGGAGAGCCCCGGAGCGGCGGACCGGAGCGAGGAGGAGGAGGAGGAUGAAGAAGAGCAACCCGAGCAGACGGGGCGCUCAGGUCUCGGUCCAUCAGCCCGUCCAGCAGCCGGAGAAGGCGGGCUGGAUCAGGAAGUUCUGCGGCCGUGGGAUCUUCAGGGAGCUGUGGAGGAGCCGCUACGUGAUCCUGAGAGGAGAUCACCUGUACAUCUCGGACAAAGAGGUGAAAGACGAGAGGAAGGCUCAGGAAGUUUUCGACCUCGCUGAUUACGAGCGAUCAGAAGAGCUGAGGAAAGCAAAGAGUCGCAGCAAGAAGAACCACAGCCGCUUCACGCUGCUGCGCUGCAGACAACCAGGAAACACUGUUCCAAACCUUUUGUUUCUGGCAGUGAGUCCUGAAGAAAAAGAAUCGUGGGUCAAUGCUCUCAAUGCUGCAAUCAUCAAGGCCAAGAACCGAGUUUUAGACGAGGUUACCAUCGAGGAGGACGGCUCGCUGCUUCAUCCCACCAGAGACCGGGCAAAGAUUCCUCAGGGCCGCCGGCUGCCCACCAGAGGACACCUGAUGGCCGUGGCGUCCACCUCGUCCCACGGCAUGCUGACCCUUGACCUCGUCGCUGAGGAGGACGGUUUCUCUCUGGAUUUUGACGGCGACUCCUGGGAGAACGGCUUCCAGGUCGACCUGCCCAGAGGGGGGUCGUGUGGUCAGGUGUCAGUUAUUGGAUCUCGAGGGUUCGGAGUGCGACAGCGAGCCGACACCGACGUGUCAAAGUUGCGCGUGACCUCCAAGGAGCCCAAGGUCAAGACCAGCAGUCUGCCCCGGGGGAGUGAGAGAUCCUGGGGCAAGCAAACCCACCUGGAGGUCUCCAAGGUCCAGCAGACCCAGCAGGUCCUUCAGGCUCAGUCUCGAACGCCCCAGCCAGGCAAGAGGUUCAGCAUGCAGGGCCGGAGUCGCUGUGCCUCCAUGGAUGAAGUCCUGUCCUCCAGACCGGCGAUGAUUCGCUCUGAGUUGCGUUCGGCUCUGCGGCGAUAUCCGACUGAAGAGGAGGCGGGGGGCGGGGCUUCAGUGCAGCCGGUGGGUCAGCUGCAGAGCCUGAUCGCUCAGAGGAUGCAGAGAGCUCAGGAGCUCUUGGAGGAGAUGAGGCUGCAGGAGCUGCAGAAAACCAAAGCCGAGCGAGAACGAGGAGGCAGCUCGCCAUAUCUGAAGGGAGUGGACUCCCCACGCCUCCAUCACCUCAGGGGCUCCGACUCCCCUCACUCCAGCAGGUCUUCUGGAUCUCCGAGGAGCAGGAGCAGUGACUCUCCUCGUCUCCGGGGGAAGGACUCUCCUCGUCUGAGAGGAAGAGAGUCUCCUCGAUCCAAAGCCAAGAAGAACCGCUCCAAAGGGAGCGACUCGCCUCGCUCCAGAGGAUCUCACUCACCAGCAGCUAAAGACUCCCCCCGUCUGUCCAGCUCCCCCUGGACCAGGAGCUCAGACGUUGUCCCCUUGCUGAAGGGAUCCUGCAGCUCGUCUGGUCCCUCCAGAGAGGACGGCUCUCCUGGACCUGAGUCUCCAGCGAGCGUCAGAGGAUCAGACUCUCCUCGCCCGGGCAGAGAGUCCUCCUGUCCCAGUUUAUCUGGAUCCUUUGAAACCACGCAGCUCCCCCCCUCGCCCCCCUCCCUCCUGUCAGAGGACGAUGUGGAGAAGAGGCGUGCGGAGGCAGAGCGCCUCCUGGAGGAGGCCGUGUCCUCGUGGAAGGAGGCGCAGGAAGUCCUCCAGGAGGUGAAGGAGCUGCAGAGCCAGACUCUGAGGAGGCAGCGCAGGAGGACCUACGAGAAGAUGACAGUAACAGCUGCAGCCCCUCCCUCGCCAGCUGACGAGGACGACACGCCCACGUCUCCCACAUCGCCUGAGGACGAGGACGAGUCGGAGACGCCGUGACCACAAACUCCUUUUUCAUAUCUGACUUCUUAAUGAAAGUAGCAGCGUGUUGAGCCGGCAGGAUUUGGAGCUUUUUGGACUUUUUAAUUCUAUUUCUAAAAUCUUUUCAUCUUUUAAUCCAGGUAUGAAGGAGCAGAACACUACGCAAAGAGGAUUACUCAGAAACCAGCGAUCCACUUCUUCCCAGGAGCUUUAAGGACUCUAAUCCUGCUCAGAGAGAGAGAGAGGCGCUCCCUCUGAUGGUGCUGCACGCUCUUCUUCUUCUCCUUCUCCUCCUCCUCCUCCUUCUUCUUCUCCUCUUUUCUUCUUCUUCUCCUCCUUCUCCUUCUUCCUCAUCUUCUUUUCUUCUUCUCCUUCUUCUUCUCCUCUUUUCUUCUUCUUCUUCCUCGUCUUUCUUCAACACUUUUUAAAGAUGUCAACGUUUUAUAAAGAUGAGAAACUUUUUCAAGCUGACGAAUCACAGAGGCGCUAACUGCACUAUGUUUCCUACGGGUCACUGGGGGGGGGGGGGGGGGGGUCUGCACUAAAGGGGACUUUAUGCACCAUGAGUUUACACACCUCUUUCCUGAUGUCUUUGGUUUGGAUGUGGGCGGCGGCUCCUUGAAGCUCGCUGUGUUGAAGAUUUCAAACUUUGUAAGAGUGAGUUUAAAAAGAUAAAAUCAGGGAGUUUAACGUUCCACAAAACCAGCAGAGAAGAAGAAGCAAUAAGGAGUUUUUAUAAUGUUCAUGCUCCUCCGUGCAAUAAUGUGACUCCCACACUUCCUGUGCGAUGAAAUAUUUAAGUGAGGCUGUAAAAAACAAAGCUCACUAACCUCAUUAUGUCAGCAGACAUGUUCUCCUGAUGUCUCUGCAGACGCUCUGAUUCACUCUUUUAGCGCCCCCUGUCUGUGAGGCUGACUUACUGAUCACUUCAACACAAAGUGAGAGCAACAUUUAACCCUUUGUGUGUUUGUGAAUCAGACGAUGUUAGAGGGCGCAAUACGCCGCGUGACCCUCAGUUUCCUGUGAAUCAAAGUUUACAUAAAGUCAGCGACACGUUUCACUCUGUUCACCGUAUUUAUAACCUUCAUUUGAAUAAUUAGACGAUCCAGUAAAGAGAUGUAUGCACUGUAAAACAGAUCAGCUUUAAUGAACGGGUUCAAAAUGGCCGACAUGAAGAGCUCUAAUCUUUCCGUAACAUGACACGUGUUUGUGUGUUUGUGGUCGCUGACCUUUAACUCUUUCUGUUCGUCACUUUUUAACUUCCUGCACGUUCCUCUUUGACCUUCAGAUUAACCGACACAUUGUCCUGUGAUGAUUUUCAAAAUAAAAGAUAUUUAUUGAUCUGAAUCGUUUUAACACUUUAAAUAUAAAAUAUGUUCUUCUCAGUUCACUCUCUGAAAUGUCUUUGUUGAUGUUUUUUAAAUAAUGUUUGAAUUUCUGUAUACAGCAAUGCAUUGUGGGUAAAUGGAGCCAAAAAAAUAACCCAGUUUGUUUUCUGUUUGGAGCAUUGACACCUCGUCUUCACGUGCAGAAUAAAAUAAAGAAACAGGAAGUGCA